UAAAAAUCAAAUGCCAUUCAGACCUAAACUUCAUUCUCACAAUCAUCUGGGAAGUAAAACAUAUACUCUUCAGUAUUGCUUUUCGGUUAGAAAACGUAUAUUUUAAUAAAUUGGUGAUGGAUCAAAUGGACCAAGGAUCUUCGGGGAAUCUGGACCCGGAAGACGUCUUGCAAUGGAUCGACGCCCAGGACGUUCCACAGCUGGAGGACGAAUCGCCGCCCUGGAACUUUUAUGCCGAUGAAAUGCAGGCCAAGGCGGUGAAGUUGGCCGUGGGCUGCUGUGACAGGCGAUUGGUCACCCUGGGCAACCAGACUGAGGUUGCAAAAAAAUCAAAUCCAGAUGCUCCGAAAAAAGCCGCCGCCACUCAGGUCACCCUGGGCAGCCAGACUGAGGUUGCAAAAAAAUCAAAUCCAGAUGCUCCGAAGAAAACCGCCUCCACUCAGGUGUCGGGUAUGCCGAAGCGACUACGCAGGUUGCCGCUAAAAGAGCCACCAACACCAAUGAAUCUUGAGAAAAUCUCCUGGGGUAGCCUGCUGAAGAAGGCUAUCUUGGUCGGUUCUCUCUUACACAGUGCCUAUGCCUUUGGAACGGCCUGUUUACGUGAACUUGGAGUUCUCAACUUAUCCAUUGCGGCGAUUAAAGCUGGGUUGGGCACACAAGAGCCACCCUGCAACCCACUGCCCGGAACCGUGUGGAAUCAAGUGGCGGCUAAGCUGUGUAUCCACGGCUAUACAAACUGAAUCUUAAUUCCGCUACUGACUCCCGGACUCUAGCACGCAAGCACCCGGGUACUUCAAGUUAUUUAUAAAAACACAUCUUACUAUUUUUAACCGCAUUGGAUGCGGACUCGGACUCGGACUCGGACUGGGCCACUUGUUUCAACUUCGCUAUUUCUAUUCGUUCUAUUUCUUGUUACUCUCGAGCGAAGUUGAAACAAUGCCCAACAGUGUUAUGAUA